AUGUCUUCUGUGACAGGUAGUCUUACUUCCCAUGUUCUACACCUCUGUCGAUCAGAUAAAGCUGAUUCUCACAUCCUUUUUCGGGCUUCACGCUCCAACUCCACCUCACUUGAAGUGAAUAUAACUGCUACAGAGGGCGACAGCCCCUACACUGCAACUCUGCGGCAUUCUCAGCUAAAGAAGCUCAGAGCAAAAAACUAUCAAGGGAGCGAUGAUGAGUGGAAGGAUACCCUGCUAUAUGUUUUCGGCCUCCAUGAAGAACACCCAAAGAGGCCAAAACUUCUUACAGGCGUCGAAGCAUCGGCUAGUAUAAAUGGAACCGGGGAGGAUGAUAAAGAGCUGGUAAUUACAGUGAGGAAGAGGAUACAGUCUAUUACCCAAAAACUUGGAUCAAUAACUCUGUACCAAGAUGAAGAGCAACAUAUUGAGCUGUUUGAAUGGACGAACCUUGCCAUCGACAGGGCAGAUACACUCGAGCAGCGUUUCAAUAAUUUAUCCGAUCGCUUCCAUGCCGCCGAGAGUAAAAUUGAUUUGCUCAACAAACAGUUACAAGAGUUCAUCUGCUCGAAAGAUCAACAUGAGCAGGAGCUGUUCUCCGGUUUCGUGCAAUUAUUGAAUGAGAAGAAACUGAAGAUCCGCAAUCAGCAACGCAUGCUCGCCUCAGCAAAUGUGGAUACCGGAAAACUAACUAUGAUGCAAGCAGUCGCAAGUUCAGAACAGCCAAGGCCGAAACGAAAGGGGGGGAAGGGCGGAAGAUGUAAACGUGCCGCGGAAAUGAUACCCGCCGACUCCAGCGACGAUGGUUUUGAGAAGAUGGGCGCUGAGAAGUCCAAACAUCAUGCCAAUCAUGGCAUGGACGAAGGCACAGAUGACGAAGGACAGUCGACGCCCGAGCCAAUUGAAGACGAUGGUGGCACGUCCUCUGAUGAUGAAAAUGCUUAUAGCAAUAGGCGAUCUCAACGAGGAGAUGGACAAGAACGACGACUGCCUGCGCAGGCCGCAUCGAAUUCGCCUCCGCCAAGGAGGGAGCUUCCCUUUGCGGGAAAGUUAGGAAAAGAGCCAAACUCAAGGCAUUCUUCUCCAGUGCAGAAAGAUCCGGACGAAAUUGGAGGGGAGACGGAUGAUGAUGAACUAUAG